AUGGAUCAAAGCGAAAGUAACCAAAGCAAUCAAAAUCAUCAUGAAUAUAUUCAAGACAACCAUGAAAGCGAUUAUAAUUAUGAAAAUGACCAAAGUUACCAAUACGAUUAUGAAAGUGAUCAAAGUAACCAAGAAUUAACAUUAUCUAAUAAGAAUAAAAAAUUAAAGACUGUAACGAAAUCCAAACCUGCUUUCAAAAAUUCUUGGCUUAAUGAAUUUAGAUGGCUUCAAUUUGACAAAAUCUCUCAACGAAUGUUUUGUAAAUAUUGUAAAUGUUACAAUAAAUCAAACGCUUUUGGAAACUUGAUGCUGCUGGAAAAAACAGUUAAUAAAGAAUUGGAACAACUUACAGAACAAAAUAAAAAUCAUAUAAUUGGAAUUGCAAAAAUUGUAUAUACUCUUGUACAACAAGAUAUACCACUAGCUAAACUUCAAUAUAUGGUUCAAUUAUUCCGUGAAUUAGAGUCUUCAUUUAUUGUAGAUGGUGCUGUUACUUAUGAAAAUGAAAUAUCUGGUCGUGAAUUCGCAUUUGCUAUAUCUAAUGUAAUUAAGGCCGAAAUAUGGAAAGAGCUUAGUGAAGCUGUAUCUUUUGGAAUUAUGAUCGACAAAACACUUGACCAAAGCGAUGCAACAACAAUAACUACUAAAUUAAUUCGGCUAUUUCAAAGUUAUGAUAUUAUUGACAAAUUAGUAGCUUUUGCUUCAGAUGGUGCAUCUGUAAUGAUUGGAUGUAAAAAUGGUGUUGCGCAAAAAUUAUCACAAAUUUGUCCGUAUAUUGUCUACAAUCAUUAUAUAGCACAUCGUUUAGCAUUAGCUUGCAAAGAUUCACAAAAGCAAAUUGAUUAUUUCAAUAAUGCCGAGACUAUUAUAAGAGACCUACGUUUAAAAAAAUUAAAAGACAUACGAUGGCUUGGCUGGUAUGAUGCUGUAAAAAAUUUUGUUAAAACAUUACCAGCUGUUCUUUUACAACUUCAACAUGACAAUAAUAAGGUUGCUAAUAACUUGUAUCAACGAUUAUGUAACUGGCGAUUAUUGGGAUUUUUUCAUUUUAUUUUUGAUAUUUUAGGUCAUUUGGCAUCGUUAAAUAAAUUUUUCCAAAAGAGUAAUCUUUAUUUUCAAGAUAUUAUUCCUAUAAUUGAUGCUACAACUACAAUCAUUCAAAAAGAUUAUCUCGUAGAUACUUUAGAUGUUCGAAAUCAUUAUCUGGGCUAUAAUCUUCAACUUUUUAUCGAUCAUACAAAUCCAUUCAAUAAGCAAACAGGCAUAAAUUAUCAUACACAUUUACUUAUAUAUAAUAAUCAUAAUUUUGAUGAUUUAUUUCAAGAUAUUUACAAAUAUGCAAGCACAAUUAUUACAGAAAUUAAAGAACGUUUUCCUGAUCGUCCUUUACUUGCAGCAAUGAGAAUUUUGAAUCCAGUAGAAUGGUCACGUAAAAAAGAAGAAUUAUUUGAAUUUGGAAACAAUGAAUUGCAAAUCUUAUUUGAUCAUUAUGGAACAGCAAAGACUAUAAAUGGUCAAAAAUUCUUACCAUUAAUUGAUGUGGAUUCGUGUAUAACAGAAUGGCCUGGUUUUAAAAAUAUUAUUUUUUCGAAUUUUUUAACAUUUUUCUUACAGGAAUUACUUCCCUUUCUAGUUCGUGAUUAUUCUGAUAUUUUUCCUAACAUAAUUAAACUUGCUCAUAUUACUAAUAGCAUUCCUUUUUCAAGUGUAGAUUGUGAACGUGGAUUUUUCAAACAAAAUACAAUUAAAACCUGUUUGCGUACCUCUUUAACUACAUUUACUUUAGAUGCGUUUAUGAGAAUUUCAUUAGAAGGAAAGGAAAGUAAAGAAAUGAAUUGGGAUAAAAUAUACCAUGAAUAG